CUCUCUCUACCCUCUCUUUCUCACUCAUUUCCCAAUCCUUUCCUUUCACAUUCUUUUCGGGUCCGUUUCUCAUCCAUCUUUGCACUCCUCUUCCCCUGCACCUCUCCCUCUCUCAUCCCCCCCGCAGGUCCCAGGUGGCUUUCAUACCCCCUCCACAGGUGGAUGUGGAGGUGCGAUCAGCACACUUUGUGGGGCCCAUCCAGUACAGGAUAUGGAAACACAUGAAGAGCUGCCUGUACCCAAAUAUCGCUGAAGUGACCUUUGACCCAGAGACAGCCCACCCCCUCCUCACCCUCUCCCCCAGCUGCACUUCUGUGUGGUUCGAGGAGGACAAAGUUAUCCUCAAGGCCUCGGAGGAGGAGCAGCCACCCAACCCCCGCUGCUUCCACUACUACUACAGUGUCAUGGGCCGAGAAGGCUUCAUCACCGGACGCCAUUACUGGGAGGUGGAGGUGGGCCGCAAGACAGCGUGGCGGCUGGGUGUGGCCAGGGAGGACGUCCACAGGGGGGAGAUGGACUCCAGUGGGACCAGUAGCGGUCUCUGGACCCUAUCCCUGAAGGGAGGGGCCAUCUUGGCCUGUACAGACCCCAAACCCACCAAGGUCCCGGUGUCCAUCAGGCCCGUCCGGAUCGGAGUGUUCUUAGACUGUGAGAAGGAGGAAGUAGCGUUCUAUAACGCUGUUACCAUGACGCCACUGUACACAUUCUCCAUGGAAACGGUGUUCGUUCCACUGAUCCCCUUCUAUAACCCGUGUGACACAGAUGAUGGGAGGAACCUGGGUCCCCUAAACCUCUUCAGCCCCUCUAUAUGAGAGUACAGAGAACCAAGGAGAACCAAGGUUGUACUGGAGUAUAUUUCCUUUGGGGAUGCGGUGGAAGGAUAGAUAGAAUUUGGAAAUAGUUUGUUUUAUACAGUGUAUGUUUCAGGUAUAAUUUCAUAGCUGGCUGGAAGCAUGAUGUAAAUUGUAUCAGUAAAAAAAUCCAAUGAGUUUAUGAUAUGCAUUUACACUUACCAGGGGAGGCUGGUGUGAGGAGCUAUAGGAGGACGGGCUAAUUGCAGUGGAAUGGAAUCAAUGGAAUGGAGUCAACGAGGUUUCCAUAUGUUUGAUGUGUUUGAUACUGUUCAAAUGAUUCCAUUCCACCCAAUACAAUGAGCCCAUCCUCCCACAUGCCUCCACUGACAUGUACCUAACCAGUUCUAUGGUAUAGCACUAUCAAUUCAUGUUUAUGCCAUUGCGUUCAGUUGUUUGCAUUGUGGUUUAAAUAUUUACAUUUUAUUGGCAUUAAAUACA